AUGAGGAAUGUGGGUUCUUACAAAAAUAGUGGUGCACCGGUUCUUUUUCAGAUUGCGCUUAUUCGGAAGAUUAUUCCAACACUUUGUGGGAAUCCUAUUUUGAAAGUGCCACCAUGUGCAAGCAAUAGUUCCAAGAAGUCGUUGAUUAAAAUUAAUCUUCGAUACAUUCUUCCUGUCAUUGCAUUGAUGCUAAUCUUUUCUAUUGGUGUGCAUAUUGUUAAUAGAAAUCAUGGAAACAAUGUCCAAAGUCAAAAUCUAUUAGAUUUAUAUGUAACAAUGGAGCACAAAAUGAUUUCAUAUCUAGAGCUUCUACGAGACACAGAUUACUUCUGCAAAACCAACUUGCUUGGAGUAGGAAGCUAUGGCUCAGUAUACAAAGGUGUACUUUCAGAUGGGACAAUUGUUGCCGUUAAGGUUUUAAAUUUGCAACUUGAAGGAGCUUUCAGAAGUUUUGAUGUAGAAUGUAAAGUGUUGCGAACAACUCGACAUAGAAAUCUCGUUGGAGUUUAA